UCUCAGCCGCUCGUCCUCUUUCCAGGACUGUAGCCCAGAUUCCGCACACAGUGACCCCAGGGAGGAAACAUGGAUAAGUUGUUGCUGUGUCUCCCGGUCAUCGUUAACCUCCCUGGCGCUUUCUUCCAAGGCAACACAUGCAGAAAGGCCUUUGUGUUCCCCACAGAAUCAGAUAAUUCUGUGACCUUAUCUGUUCCGGUACAGAAGCCACUGAAGGCUUUCACCCUGUGCCUGCAAGUCUACACUGCCUUGGCCCGCCCCUACAGCCUCUUCUCUUACGCCACCAGGGCACAGCACAAUGAGAUCCUCCUCUUCAGUGAAAAACCUGGCUUGUACAGCGUGUCUAUGGGGGGAUCUGACGUCUACUUCAGGGUUCCUGAGACUUUUUACACACCCAGGCCCUUCUGUGUUACCUGGGAGUCCCAAAUAGGGAUUACAGAGCUCUAGGUGGAUGGGAAGCCCAUGGUGAGGAUGAGUCUGAAGAAGGGAUACACGGUGGGGUCAGAAGCGAGCAUCAUCCUAGGGCAGGAGCAGGAUUCAUUCGGUGAGGGCUUUGGUAAGAACCAGGCCUUGGUGGGAGAGGUUGGAGAUGUGAACAUGUGGGACUUUGUGCUGCCCCCAGAGGAGAUCAGAUCUGUCUCCACCGGUGGGGUCUCCACCCCUAACUUCCUGAACUGGCAGUAACUCAAGUAUGAAACACGAGGUAAAGUGUUCCUCAAGGACCGGCUGUGGUCCUGAGGCCCUUUUGUCUGUGCUGAAGUUGCCUCCUUUUGUGGGGGCGGCCACACUUACAUUGUCUCUUGCUCUCAGGUGUUGCUGUCUUACACACAUGGCUCUGGCAGAGGGACCAUAUUUCCCUCUGCCUUCUUUACCCUGUUUUCCUCAGCACAAGUGCAGGGAAGAGGGGCUUUUUGUAGAAUUACCAGGACACACCCAAGGCCAGUUAAAUCUGAUUUUGGGAGUGGAAACCUAGCAUCACAGGGAUUCCAGUGUUUGGUCAAGGUGGAGAACUAUGCAUUUUCAGUAUGUCUAGGAGCAAGUGAGCCAAAUUUUUUUUUUUUUCCCUCCUGGAAGACCGCCUGUGUUUACCAGCAGCCCCACUAACAUCUACUUUUCCCUUUAAAGGCAAACCCACCUCCUCUGACUGUGCUUUAAUGAAUUAGCUGCAUAAUCCAGGAAGAGAGUUUUUCCAGCAUUCUGACCCCACUCACCCACUAGGAUGUGGCCAUUAUAUGUUCAAAUGAUCUUUAUUCUUUAAUCCUGUCAAUUUGAAGAUUUAAAAAUCUAAAAAGAAAUGUUUUGCUUUGUUCCUGCUUCAUGGGUUCUCUUUUUCCUCAGGACCACCAGUUUUCAUUGUGUGAUGUUUCCAUUACUUCUCCUUGCCUGUGUGCCUUAUCCUUAUCAUGUGAGCUCUCACUUUUUUAAGCCUUUCUUCCACACCAUGGGUUCAUUUUCCUGUUUGGCAUACUGGGAUCCUUCCUAUUUCCAGUACCACUGGAAAUCCCACAGCACGUUCUGAGUCUGUCUGGAAUUCCUUCUUGGACUUGCACAUUCCUUCAACACUCACGUUUCAUCCAGUCUCUGUUUCCCUCAGUUUGCUUGAGAGCUUCAUGCUGUGUCAGAUUUUCUCAAUGUUCCCAUCAUUAAUCUUUUUGAAAUAAAUCUUUCACAUGC